AUGCCCGGCCCGAGGGCUCGGUACCACCUGGAGAGGAUCCGCGAGUCGGUGUGGGACGUCGUGGCGAACGGCGCCCUCAAGAUCACGUACGGAGAGCUCAAGAAGGGGCUGGACGAGAACAAGGACGUGAGCUGGGUGAGUCCCACCGCGCCCGAUCCCGGUUCCCAAAACGUACCGCCGCGCGACCCAAAUCCGACCUCGGCUGAUCGAUCCCACCAACCCCCGAACGACGCGCAGGAACGCACGGGCCUCGACGGCGCGAAAGUUCGCCGCGCGGUAACCCUGGAGUGCCAGGCGGCCGGCGCUGGGACCUUCGUCGAUUUCGACGAGUUCCACGAGCUGGCGUGCCGCAGAGGCGGCCCGGGCGACGACGGCUUCGUCGAUCCCGUCCUGGCGACGCAGAUGUACAUGGAGACGCACAAGCUGGUGCCGCUGCUGGAGUCCAUGACCGCGGCGGUGAUGACGGCCAAGCCGGACGAUCCGGCGAAGUUUUUGGAGCAAAAGCUGAGGGACCACCACUUCAGGGGCGCGCCGGUGUUGGGCUACGACGAGAAGGACCUGGACGCGGUGUUUACGCAGUUCGACAUCGUGCGGUCGGGAGCGAUCACCCAGGAACAGUGCGACAAGGCGAUCAUCGCGAUGACGGGUCACAAGGCGAAACCCCGGACGGACCCGGGCGCGCCGGUGACCAAGGCGGAGUUCAUGCGGCUCGCCAGGGAGGCGCUGGACGAGUACACCGCUUGA